AUGACAUAUCUCUCAUUGGAGUUCUCCGGCGUCACACCAGUCCUCUCCAAGGACUAUGAGCUCUUCCUCGUCGAUCUGCCUGGGCACUCUGCGUCCAGAGAGUUCCUGCCCCUCACCCUAGAUAACGCCGUCGAUGCGCUUGCCCGUCUCAUUAAGACGAAAGUUCCAGGCGGCAAGACACAUCUCGUCGGCCUCUCGAUGGGCGGCUUUAUGAUUCUGGAACUUGCGCGGCGACAUCCCGAGCUCCUGCUCAGCCUGUGGUGCACCGGUUGCGCGCCUAACUAUGGCUUUAAACUCUGGCUCUUCUCGCAGCCGCGCCUCCUCACCGGGCUCAUCAGAUGCAUCAGCAGCCUCGCGAACGAGCGCAUGUUCUGGCUCUCGCUCGGCGUGAAGCCGGUCCCCGGGCUGCGGGAGCAGUGCCGGAAGAACCAAUCCAUGGCGCUGCUGACGGCCGGCUUCACCGAGCUCGUCAAGAUCACGCGGGAGAGCCUCGCGGAGAUCAAGGGCGUCAGGAUCGCGAUCAUCGCGGGUGCAAAGCUAGAUAACGUCAGGGAUGCGACGGACGCCGGGAAGAUACUCGGGAGUGCGAAUCCGGAGUGCAAGGGGUUUGUGGUGAGGGAAGCGAUUCACUGGUGGGACUUACAGUUUCCAGAGCUAUUUGCUCGAGGCAUAAGAGCUUGGAUCGAGGGUCGCGAGAUGCCGAAGGAGUGCGAAUUGCUGAGCUGA